GCUCUAGGAUAGGUUUCUGGGUGGGGUACCGCCCAGCCGAAGUACGUCAUUACGCACACCUGCGCUAGACUUUGGGACGGGAGCAUAACGCCUGUCAAAGCACUGCCACAAAUUAAACUUUGGAAAUGACUCCCCGUAAUUCUGUGGAUUUAGAUAUCGCUACUAAAGCAUGACACAUUUUCUACAAUACAUGGCUUUUUUGACAUUUCUCUGGCACCUCAAACCCAUGGGGGCAUAUCCGCACUCUGGCCUUGACUUAGUAGGCAACAGGACAAGGCGGGACGUCCCCUGCAGACCAGACCUAGAGUAUCUGGAUGGUAACAUCUGCUGUUUAUACUGUCCAGCUGGUACACGUAAGAUAUCGCCCUGCACCAGUGCAGGAGAGCAGGGGAAGUGUGUGGAAUGCGACGAUGGGACAUACACUGAGCACGCUAACGGACUGCAGCUGUGUUUGAAGUGCACACGGUGUCGCUCAGAUCAGGAAGUUGUAAGGCCAUGUACUCCCACUCAAGAUACUGAAUGUCAGUGCAAAUUGGGAAGAUUUUGUGCUCCUGACCAAGCAUGUGAGGUGUGCAAGACGUGUUCAAGUUGUGAAGAAGAUGAAGAGAUGGAGAGGAGCUGCACCUCUACUUCCAACACAGAGUGCAAGAAAAUCCAGAGCAAUGCUGGCUCUUCCUCAGCAAAGGCCUCUGUGAUUGUGCCACUUGUACUGAUUGCUGCUCUGGUUAUUGGUGGGAUAAUCAUUGUUGUGUGCACAAGGAGACGUCGUAAAGCAACAGAUUCUCAGAGAAAUGUACCUGAUGGGCUAAAAGCUGGACUGCAUUACAGUCAAAACUGUCCCACUAAGGAAAGGAGCAACGGAGAAACCCCAGGGCAGACCUGCUCGAAUCUUAUCCUGUCCCGGCAACUGGUGAGAGCCAAAUCCUCAGCCGGCAUUGAGGAAGAGCGCAAAGUGCUGUGUGAAAGCCUCUGCAGCUCAGCCAGUAACUCCCAGCACAGUCUAACUGGCCUGCCCUGCUCUGCCUUCCCUGCAUAUCCCCCAUCAGCCAGCCCCAUGGUCCCCACCCAGCCCAACAGCAGGGAAGAUAAGCAAUUUCCCAAGCUUGUUCCUGUGAAUGGUGAAGAGUCUCUGAGGAAAUGCUUUGAGUAUUUUGAAGAAAUAGACUUCGGCUACCACAAGAGAUUCUUCCGGCACCUUGGGAUAAUGGACAAUGUGAUCAAAAGCAAAGACCACCUUCUCUAUGAUGACAAGAUCCAUGAAUUGUUGAACAUUUGGGUGGAGAAAGAGGGCAGAGAAGCCACCUUAAAUGACCUGCUAAAAGCAUUACUUGAUUUGAAUCAAAGGCGAACAGCUGAGUCUGUAAAGGAAAAUGCUGUUCUUAAUGGUCAUUACUUUUGUGAUAAUGAGAGGUGAACUGUUCAAUAAAACCCCUCGCAAAAAGCACUCAAGGUGACGAAGACCUCUAACCUGUUACCUGAAAUGUUCAGGCAUGAAAAACUCAUGGUGUGAGGUCUUUGUUGGAGUAAGCUUGAGUAUUGUCCAUACUGGUUCAAUAAGCACCUCAGAAGGCUACCUACUGUCCAUAGU